CAUCAACUCUAAAUGUCAGAAUAAAAUUGUUUGUUAUGUGUUAAAAUACCUAUUUUUUUUUCGUAUGGGAAAAUUAUUUUAGGCUAUCGAAUGUAUACUGUAAGAACAAAUAUUUCAUAUGGGAAAAAUAUACCAUCGUUCGAUUCUAAAUAUUUAACAAACAUCCAUAAUUUAGUGUUAAAAUUCGAUCGUUCAAAACUUAAAACAUAUUUAUUUAUUAUCCCUUUAUUAUAAUGAAAGUUAAAGUGCAUAUACUUUCAAAAUCUACAGCCAAAAUUUGUAGUUGACUGGAGAAUUCAUUUCAGUCUGUAAAGGAAUCCUUGGAGGCAAUGCUAAAUAAUUCAAAACAAGGACGGUGGAGGUACAGUCUCGGACCCUCAAAUGGGCAACUGCCUUACAUGCUUCAAGGAGCCAAUGCAGACGGCUCUGAACGAAACUGUACACCAAAAAAGUAAAGAAGAAAUGACAGAAGCUCCGUUGCAUCCAGCUCCCAGUCAUGUGCCGGCUUCAGCUGCACCUUCAGAAACGAUCAUUAGCAAUGGCAAUCAUCUGUCUUCUGCUUUGGAAGUGACCACGGCCAUCAGCCGUCUGUGUCCAUCUACAAGAAGGAUCUAUUCGAAAUCUGCGCCUAUCAUGGGUAUCGUGGAAAGCAAACCUUCAGAGACCAAACUCACUAAUCUAUUUGAACAGUAUAAAGACAAAAUCGAGGAUAGUAUCCUUGCUGAAGGUAUAGAACAAUUUUGUCAAGAUUUGCAAGUAUCUCCGGACGAUUUUAAAAUAUUACUGCUAGCUUGGAAACUAAACGCCGAGCAAAUGUGUUGUUUCACUCGAACAGAAUUCAUAAACGGACUUAAAUCAAUACGCACGGAUUCAAUAAAAUCGUUACAAUCCCGUCUACCGGAAUUAGUUAGUGAAGUUGAAAACGACUAUGAACUUUUUAGAGACUUGUAUCGCUUUACUUUCCGAUUCGGAUUAGAUUCGGCUUCGGGUCAAAGGAUUUUACCGACUGACAUGGCCAUAAUACUAUGGAAAUUAGUUUUCACGAUAAGAAAACCGCCGAUCCUUACGAGGUGGCUGAGUUUCUUGGAAACGCAUCAAAUCAUCCGGGGAAUACCGAAAGAUACGUGGAAUAUGUUUCUGAAUUUCUCCGAGCACGUGGGUAGCGAUUUGAGUUGUUACGAUGACAAUGAAGCUUGGCCGAGUUUGUUCGAUGAUUUCGUCGAGUACGAAAACGAUCAGGCCAAUCAGAAUAUUUCUAAAGAUAUUGAAAAAGAGUUGGACGGGUUUAUAAUCGCGAAAGAUUAACCGUUGUCGAUGUACUUUAUUCUGAAUAUAUAUUAAAAAAAAACGCCUAAUUAUUUUGUAUGUAAUAAAAUGCAAAUACAUUGUUGUGAUAUGGUUGUAGCUGUUUUAAAGAAUAAUUAAAGUUUAAACGUUAAGGUAA